GUGGCUACUUUAAUUUUUAACCCUUCAAAGUUCAAAGAAAUGUUCAGCCUAUUAAAAGGUCUCUGGGAGUAUUUCUUUAGAAAAGACGAGUACUUUGUGGUUAUACUGGGACUGGACAACGCUGGGAAAACUACAUUUUUGGAGACUAUAAAGAGAAGAUAUAUCAGUAACUAUCAUGGAAUGCCACUGGAGAAAAUAAGCACCACAGUAGGACUGAAUGUUGGACGUAUUGACGUUGGGGCUCAGAGACUUGUACUGUGGGAUCUCGGAGGUCAACAAGAUCUUCAGACACUUUGGAAUGAAUAUUAUGCUGAAUGUCAUGGAGUUGUCUACAUGAUUGAUUCUUGUGAUAGACAUGCUCUUCAGAUAUCCGCAGAAACGUUCAGUAAGAAACAGGAUGCUCUUCCAUUGACAGAAGUGGAGAGUGCUUUUGAUACGAGUGUUGAAUCAAUCGGUAACAGAGACUGUCGUAUACAAAGAGUCUCAGCUCUAAGAGGUGAAGGCGUGUUUGAAGGGAUUGAAUGGUUAGCUCAGAGAGUGAAGGAAAAACCUAAUAGACCUUUGAAACCAGUCAAGACGUAAUACUUAUUUUAAUGUCAUUUUCUCUCAUGUUCUUGAUUUCAUUUUAACAUGGUAAUGGUACAAAAUUUUAA